AGCCGCCCCAGAGAAGUGCGUGGGGCUGCCCUUCGCCCUCCCGCCAGGGACGCGCUCCGGGGCUCUAGAGCGCCGCGCCAUUUCUUCCCUUUUGGGCCUGGCGCUAGAGCCCGGCAGCCCGCCUUGUCGUUGGGGCCCCCAAGACGCGCUCCAGACUGCAGCGGUCCUGCCGGUGGGCUUACGGGUCCGGCACCUUGGUUGGCCGCGGGACACGCCCCUGUGCUGGACUGGUCAGCAGCGGCCAGGCGGCGUCGGCACACAGCAGCACGUGGGUACUCGCCCGGAAGCCGCGCCGGCCCCGACAGCGUGGCUGGCGGCACCCCAGGCCCUGUCUAGCGCAGCCCUGGGCAGCUUCAGCCCAGCAACUGUAUGCCUCGUGCGCAGCUCCUCUUCUGGUCUGCUGGCCUGGCGGCACGAAGAUGCAAGACCGGCAGAAGUGGUGGGGAGAGUCCGUGAGUGACUUCACAGGGGAACGGGCCGAGGUUUCCCACUGCUACACAGCUGAAGGACAGAGUGGUGACAAUUUGGAACGGAUAAGGAUCUACAGUGAGGGUCCUCCGUCUGUGCCAGGUGGGAAAGCCAGCAGCUCUCCAACGGGAGAGGGCCUUCCGACUUGCACCACUAGUUGUACCGACGCGGGGGAGCUCAGCAGCACGUGGGGGGAGUUUGAAGGCUUUAGAGAAUCUUCAGCCAAGUCUGGACUCCCUCAGUCCCUUGAACUUCUGGAAAGACCCACCGAUCCUCAGCCACUAGGAAUUCCUGCCUUAAAGGAAGAUGGUUCUCACCUACCACACCAGGGUGGAUCCGGGGCAACAGGAAUCACUUCUCACCCAUCUUCAGAGCCUGUUCUCAGGUAUGAGAACAUAUUUAGGUUUGCUUUUCAAGAAGUCACAGUUGAGCAGGCAACUGAAGAUGUUUCCACCUUAGACCAUUUCUUGGACAUAAGCAGUGAAGAAGACCCUGGCCUUGCAUCUGCACAUAGACUGUGUUCUGAAUCUAGAAAAGUCUGGCGAGCCCUUCAGAACACCAGCAACAUGUCUGCUUUGCGAUGCCUCUGGAGCCAGUCUCAUUGCCAGGAGAAGCUCUUCCUGGUUCUUGGCAUAGAAGCUGCUCAGAAGAGUCCUUCCAGAGACCAGGGUCACAUUUCAGAAGGUCCUGACCUCAAAGGUCCUGAAGAGCUGCUGGCACUCAGCACCUUCGACCUGCCCCACUGCAAAGCCCUGAUCCAGACGAAGCUCUCAGGGACACCUGGCAGCAGACAGGGGAGCCUCAUUACCUACAGCCUCUUUCUGAAGACACCCCUGCAUGGAAACGGGCGACACAUCACAAGUCCACAGGAAAAGAAGGUUUUCCCUCCACGUCACCUAAAGCUGGCGUUUUUUAACAGGGAUGUGUGCUAGAAACAGGAGUAUGUCAUGUAGGCAUUUCACAUCAUCUCACUGGUUGGGUUUGGUUUCCUAGGCUCUUUCAAAACCCCUGCCUCAGGUCUGAUCAGGAAGCAUGGGGUGUCUUGGGCAGAGCCAGUCCCCAAGCAGAGGGGAGGGGUUUCUGGAUGCACUGCAGCCUGACCAGCAGAUGCCACCUGCUCCUGGUGGAGGGUGUCAGGGAUGAUCCCACACCUGGCCCAAAGUGGGGCAUGUACUGAAAUACCACCUGGGAGACAGCUGCACUUUGAGAAACAGCAUUGGCACCUGGUCCCAGGAGGUCCUGGGCUUCUGUGUUGUUCCUGGAAGUGCCAUGAGCACUCCCCAACCGCAUUCACACUGGUGGCCUUGGGGACAGGCCUUUCUGAUGGCUGGGAGGCCACACUGCGCCAGCCCUGGAGGCCCAGGUGGGUAGGCAAGUGUAUUUCACUGGUCAUCUCCUGCAUAGAUGGUUUUCUUCCAGGAAAGGGCCAAGCGGGCAGCACUGACUUUGUAGAGCUUUACUUAAUAAAGGGCCUCAGUAAGCCUGUGCUCUUGCUGA